UUGGCGUAGUGUGUGUUGGUGUGCGUGACCGAGUGAGGGCUGUUGUGGUUAUUGAACUGGUGCUCCGUGUGGUACAUGACGGAUUCUUGAAUUAGUAUCCAGAGAAGAUUCCGUCUCUGUAAAUAUGACUAUUUUAUCCAAGAAGAAGUCCAGUGGGCCAGGAAAAUCGGAAGAUCAAAAUGACUCGGGGAACCAUCAUGGAGGAACUCAUUCUCUUUCACUGGCGUCGAUACAGAGCCAUUCUCAGGCCAGUGAGAGUCAUGAAAGACUAAACUCACCAUCGUGCUGGUCAAGGGAAGAGAAACGAAGUCCACAUUAUGAUGACUAUGAACAUGAUAGUGGCCCAAGCCAUGGAGCAACAAAACGUCGACACCGUUCCAGUCCUCACAGAAGCAGUCGAAGUAAGCUACGGGAAAGAAAUGCAGCCUCCCCACCAAGUUUUGCUGGUUGUAGUGGAGUUGUUGUCACUUCACCAAAAGCAGGUCCAUCUCAGUCUGCUGAUGACCAUGCUAAUGGUUACAACAGCGGUGAUGAGUAUGGACCGUGUGAUGACCAAGCCCUGAGUGAGACUGACUGGUUGGAGCGUGACCGUUGGUUUGAAAAAAUUAUCAAGAGGAAAGGCUUCAUCAUCAAGAAAAUGGAAGAAGAUGGGGCAUGUUUGUUUCGUGCAGUAGCUGACCAAGUUUAUGGUGACCAAGACAUGCAUGCAGUCGUGAGAAAUCACUGUAUGGAUUACAUUGCUGCUAAUGGAGAUUAUUUCUCUCAUUACGUCACAGAGGAUUUUGACAGGUACGUUAACAGGAAGAGACGUGAUUAUGUUCAUGGAAAUCACAUAGAGAUGCAAGCAAUGAGUGAGAUGUACAAUCGUACUGUCGAAGUAUUCUGUUAUGGAACAGAACCCAUAAAUAUCUUCCACGGAAAACACAAGACAGAUAAUGAGCCUAUAAGAUUGUCGUACCACCGUGGAAGUCACUAUAACAGCAUUGUUGAUCCUUAUAAAGCAACAAUAGGUGUUGGCUUGGGUUUACCUAGCUACACACCAGGACUUGCAGAAAAAAAUUUAAUGAAGGAAGCUGUGAGUGUUAGUGAAGAUUUUCAUAUUGAGCAGACAAUGUUGGAGGAUAAACUAAGAGCUACUGACUGGGAAGCCACAAAUGAAGCUAUAGAGGAGCAGGUGGCUAGGGAGAGCUAUUUACAAUGGUUACGAGACAAUGAGAAAAGAAACAAAUCAAAGCUUCCAGUUACAGAGACUGGCAGCUCGGCAACUGUAACUUCAUCAGAACUGAGGUCAUCUCCUAGAGGCAGAUUUCCAGGACACGGAUCACCACCGCGUUCAGACUUAACACGCAAUUCUCCAAAGACUGGUGAAACUCAUUUAGAUGUAGCAGUAGCGUCUUCAUCUGAGAGCAAUAACUCAUGUGGUGACCACAAGCGAGCUGCACAUUACCAAGGGUUUCAGCUGUUGGAGACAGCGUCGUUCAUGAAUCAUCUGUCGCCUGAGCUUUUUGGGCUGACUGAAUGGGAAGAUGCUGACAUUUUGGCACAAGUAUUAGCUACUUCACAGCAGGAAUACAUGGAUAACUUAAAGAAACAACGAGGGCCAGAAGAGAUGAAUGAUCAAGAGUCUAUAGACAGUAACCGACCAUCGACAUCACGGUAACAAAUAAUUCAGCAUAUUGUAAGAGUGUCAGCAGUGAGCAUGCGUGUGUGCAUGCAUGUGAAAGUGUGUUGUGGCAGAAAGACAUGUAUUCUUCAAUCAUUUACUUAAAACUAAUUGAAAAAGCAGCUGCCUUAUUAAAAUAUAUUAGCAAAAGUUUUUGCAGAUAAGCAUAGUGCAAAAGUGUAGAUAGUUCCAGAAACAGAGCACAAAACCUGCAAGGAGUUGUGACAUGCAUAAAAUAACAGAUCAAAUUAAGUGAAAUAUGAGACAUCACCAUUUUUUCAUCACUUGCAUUGUAAUAGGUUUGUGUUCUGGAUUUAAACAAUUUGUCACUGUGAUGUACUGGGAUAGCCAGUCCCUUUCAGACAUUUAAGAAGAUCCAUCAAUUCCAGUCUUUCAUAUCAUUUCAUAUGAAGUAAUGGUUACACUAAUCAGUAUAAGACUAAUAACUUUAUUGUACAAUAAUCAUGCUGCAACGAUUAGUUGCAUUUAGAGUUUGCUAUCUUUUCAAAUAAGAGGAAUAAUUUGUGAAAAUAAUCAUCUGAUCAUUAUGAAUUAGCCAUGAUUGAGGAAUCAACUUUUGAGUAAACCCCUAGGGGUUAUUCAAAAAGUCUGGAAGAAGCUUAGAAAGCAUUGUGGUUGUGAUCACAUAUUAUCCUGCAAUUUUCAAUCAUGUUUACCAGAUAAUGAUUAGAAAAUUUUGUGAUAAAAGUGUCACUCAAGUACCAAGCAAACCUUACAUACAUAAAUACAUACAUUCAAAAGCAAUAGUCACAGAUUAAUAAAAUUGCUAAUAUUUGUCAGUAGUAGAAGUUAUGUUGUUGUUAUAAGUUUCAUUUACAUAUUCUGGCAGUUAUGAAUCACAGUGAUGAAAAAUCAGUAUCAGCUAUUUACUUUUUAAGAAAUGCAAUCAAGAAAAUGUUGACAAACUCAGAUGUGCAGGCUGUAUUUCUGUAAUUGAAGGUGACUGACCAUCACAAUCACUUCUGUGAAUUUAAAGUUUAACCAGUAAAGAGGGGUAAAACAAGUAGGUAGGCUUAUGACAGCAGGCAGUUGGUAAGAAUGUAGUACUCAGAAUUAUUGCUGAAAGAAUCUUGUAAUCGAAUGAUGUGAAGAUAGACACCAAGAUAGGAAGGAAGAAAGUGGAAUAUAAAUUGAUAUAAUAUUGUGCUUUGCUUGUUGUUAUCAUUAGGAAUAGGUAAGUGUACAGUACUAACAACAGGUUGAUUGUUUCUCAUAAGUAGUGUUGAAUUUUGUAGGACAUGUUUUAAACACUCUUCAGUUAAUGUAUGCUGUGGAGCAGUAAUAAGUUUAGGCAGUUAUACUAGAGAAUCUGGAAUUACUUUAUUUUUGAAAAAACUCACAGUAAUGAUUGACCGGUAUCUAUCAAAAUUUCGUGUUGGGUUUUCGAAGUCCCCAUGGUUGGUGCUAAGUCCUUACUGUAUUGUUAUGUUGGCCACUGUCAACAUUCAGAAUUCUUCGCCCAGGAUUUUAGAUGAGUUUUUGCAGGUUCUGUUAUAUCAUUGUCUUGUUAAUUACUGGCUGGUUCCCCAAAAUAUUAAGAGCUUAUUGGUCCUCUGACCAUUUUAACUCCACAUAGUAGUGCUGAGACAAUCGGGCCACGAUCUAUUAGGCCACAACUUUUCUACCCAACUAAAUUAAAUCUUUCUUAGGGACAUUAGUUUGCUGUAAAUAGUUCAAAAUCUUUUACAUUGUGCUUGGGUAUGAGGUCUUGUAAUUCAGUCUAUCAGAUGUCUUUGGAUAUUUACAUCUGUUCCGUUACAGUAUAUCCAUUAUUGGUGUAAAUGUUCCUUACACAUGCUUUAGUUACCUUUUUGUAUGCUUAUCUGUAUUUUCCCAUUUGGUCUUUUAUAAUAUUUUCUCCACGUAUUUUGUCACAAGAAGAAUGAAAUGUAAUAGUAAUACAGUGACUCAAUUAAGUUUUUCAGAUUUCAAACUGUUUAACACGAUUUCUUGGCACUAGUUGGCUGUAAUGUAUCGCUUUUGACUGGUAUACAUGCCUUGCAAUACCAUCGAUUUGAAAAAUAUAUAUCUGUUUUUAAUUAUUGUGGUUUGGUAAAGUUUGAUCUAAGUUAAAUUUGUUUAUCUAAUUGUAAAAGUACAGCAUUCAAAAAAUGCUGUGGUUAAUUGACAUUCUACAUUCUUGUGUCAGUGUCUGUUUACAGGUUAACAGCAUAUGUCAUUAUCAGAUUGAUCUGUUCCUAAUUCUAUUGCUGUGUCUGUGUCUUUGAGUGAGACUGACACUGUUAAUGAGAUCCAUGGUUUUGCCGAUUACAUUCAUAGGUUACAGAAUUCGAAGGUCAGUGUGUGAUGAAACAAUCUUUAAGCCUUCUGUUUAUUCUUGAGCACCAUCUAAGAUACAGAAUUUGCUGCUGCAAUUGAGGUGGAAUAUUGUGUAGUGAUGAAGGUUGGACAGGCUGUGGGCGAGAGGGUGGGAGUGCCUCCCCAACACCACAAAAAAAAAAAAAAAAAAGUUGUGGGAAUAUGGCAACCAGCUUUGACAUCUGUACAAGCAGUUCCCCAGUUUCCUGAAAUGUUGUUGCAGCUUUGUGGAUGUAACGACUUCAUACAAUAUCCAUUUAUCCAUUUAUGGAUGAGUUGCCUCAUCUUGUUUAUAAAGACUACUUCAGGGAACAGAGGUAAGAUUUCAUGGUUCUAGACUUUAUAUAGUUCCGUUUCCUUUUAGCUGUGUGCUAAAGUGAAUAUUGCCACAGCUAUAGUCACUUAUUUCACCAUACUGUUCUCAGUUCGUUUUUUUAUGAGCUGGAUGAUUUUAGAGGACUUUAUCACUUUGUACUGUUUCAUUAACGUGUCAGUUAGCCUUUUUCUAUACAGUUAGUGUACUUGCUUCCAUCAGUGGUAAUGUACUUCCCUGUCGUCUUUGUCUUUUCCAAGAGCACAGUUUUGUAUCAGUUGAAAUUAUGCUAUCCUGUGAUCUCGUUGCUAUACACGCUAUUGUCAAACAGCAUUCUCUUAUAUUUUCUCUUCUCAAUCACCUGAAGCUGUGGGUCUUAUGGGGACAGUUUCAAAUGAUUUGAGAGUUUUGUGGAAAGAUUUCAUCAAAAUAUUAUAAAAAUUAUAUUUGUUCUACACAUAACUAGUUUUGUAACCCUGCACAGAGUGACACAUUUAAUCUGUUCUUACUCUUAAUGGUCCCUGUAUCCCCCCCCCCCCCCCCCCCCCACACACACACACACACACACACACACACACACACACACACACACAUACACACCUUCACUUGUAUUUGAGAGAGAUUGUGUCCAUAUUCUUAUCCAACCAGUCUGAUGCAGGUUUUUCGGAGACUCCCUCACCCAACUCCAGGGGAAUGCUGGUGUGAUUCCUUAACCAUAAACAAUUCCUUCUCAUUCUUGUCUAAUUUGAGCUUCCACUAAGGGUCUAAUGACCUAGACAGCAAACUCAAAAACCUCGCAUUUAUUUUUGCACUAUUUUCGUAGCGCAAUAUUGCUCACUUCAGUUGCUUCUGACAGGUAUCAGUCGUGUAUUACUUUUAUUUUUGGUACUUCCUCAAUUUUUUUUAUUAAUUCUUAAACAUUCCUUCAGUUUCAAGGUGUUCUGGAUUACAGUUGGUUUAUUAUUUGUGUGUGUGUGUGUGUGUGUGUGUGUGUGUGUGUGUGUGUGUGUGUUUUAUAUGGAUCUUCCUCUAUUUAUCAGUUUCUGUGAUAUAUUUCAGCUUAAUGGAAAAUUUUGUAAAUUCAUAAAGUUGAAGCAAGGCAUCUAUCGUGUGUGGAUAUGUAUAAGAUAUAAUCAUCACUGUGGUAAAAAAGACCAUUUUAAUCUUUUUUUGUGGCACAGAUACAAUUUUGUCAUACUUUUUGUACAUAAUGGUAUUAUGUAAGAUUUGCAAAUUGAAUGUUAAUUUUUUAAAAUUUUCUUAAGGUAAUCAUUUGUAAAUACUGGUUAACAACAAUUGUAAUUAGCUAUGACUUGCAGCCAAAUUAUAGGCAUAAUAUGUGCUUAGCUUUUCUUAAAAUUAAGGGUGUAACAUUUUGGCAAAGCAUGAAAUUGCCUGUCAAUUUUCAGGAUUGCCUGUCAAUUUUCAGGUUCUGUGUUAUAGGGAAGACAUCAGUUUAGAAUCAUUUUGUGGAGUGAAGUGCAUUCAAACAGAAAAAAAGUGACUUAAAAGUUGUUAAAUUUGGCAGAAAAUACAUUGUUGUCUGUCAACUUUUUUUGUAAUAACUAUCUAACAAAACAUGGAAACAAGUUACAAAUUCAGUCACCAGCAUUGUUUCUACUGUAUUUGUGGAGUUCUGUGACAUAUCAUUUUGUAAUCAGAUUAAUAUGAACAGCAUAAUAAUGUAUAAAUUUCUGAUACUUGUAUUUUAAAUUUGUUUAUCAUGUGUAUGUAAUUUCAAAUUUCACCCAAUGAAACAGAACAUCGAAGACACUCUGAAUUAUAUACCUCUGAAAAGUGUGAAGUGAGGGGUAUAAAAAAAAGCUGAUUGUAUUUUUUAAUUAGUGAGAGCAUUAUUUGAUUUUCUUGAGUUCAGUUGAAAUUAAAUUUCAGCACUUAUAUAAUUUUUUCAGGCUGCUUGAAGAUAAGCUUCUGCUUCUUCCUUUCAUUUCAGUACUGCAGUUGAUUUAUUACAAUUAUAUUUUCUUCUGCUGUAAUAUUAUACUGGAAUUUGUAAGUUUUUAUAUUCAGUGACCCACUCUGUGAUAUUUUAAAAGAGGUAUUGUUGAUAAAGUUAUGUUGACAAACAGUAUGUGCUCUGAGUAAAACACAAACACCAUACACUUUUGUUAAUAUGUUCAUGCUUCAGUUUUCUGUUGUUUGUUUAUCAUAUAGUGACCUUAUGUUAUAAAUCUGUUCUUUCCUUUCCAAAAUUAUGCAUAUUUAGUUGUAUAAUUUUUAUAGUUAUAUUGAUUAAAGUUUUGUUAUGCCUAAUCUGUUUGUGCUUUUGUUCUUGUGUAUUUAUCGUUUUCUUUUAGAGAUAUUUAACAGGCAGUAGAUAGUCGUCAGAAGGACAGAGGCAUAAAUGUGUUGCCAUUAUUCUGCUACAAAUGGUAUAUUGCAGUCUGCUGCAAUGUUAAUAUUAAAUCUUUUGUUUUACUUAUUUAUUUACAAAAAAAUCUAGAACUUUAAGAUCACAUACAUGUGUAAACAUGGUUGAAAAAUUAGUGGAACAGAACUGCCUCCAUUGAAUUUCUAAAUACUGCAAUAAAUACUUACUUUUGCAUAUACAAUAAAUUUGUAAAUGUAUACUGCCUGUGUGAUAGAUUACUGCCAUUACAAUUUAGAUAUAGACCAUUCACGUAUUGUUUGACACGAUUUUUAAUUAAUAAAAGACUAGGUAAAGAGGUGUGUGUGUGUGUGUGUGUGUGUGUGUGUGUGUGUGUGUGUGUGUGUGUGUGUUUUACAAUCAGUAAGAGUGUUUACCAGCUUUAUCUGUUUUGUGGAAAACACCAAUUCUUGGCCCAGUCGUGCCUUCCUGAAACUGUAGAAGGUGCUAUAACAUUUCAGAAUUUUUUAAUAGAUAUGUUUGAAACUUUUUGUGAUAUUUCUAUGUUUUCAUGAGUACACUGUCCUUUGUUGCAGUAUGCCAUUUUUGUGAGAGUAUGUCUGCAGUCUGCUUAAGGACAGUGUAAUCAGAUAUAUUCGUUUUAAGAUGCCUUGGAAUAUGUAGGCAAGUUGCUAUCUCUGCCUAAAUAUUGUGGUGACAAGUUUUUUAUGUUCAUUGUGUAUGUAAACUGAGAAGCAAAACAAGACAUUUUAAAGUGAGAGAUUUUGUUUAGCUGCUACUCUGAAGAUAACUCACCUCAUAACAGUUGAUUAUUUUUCCACCUCCCCUAGCCCCACCUGCAUCCCCCUCAAACACUGGCUUAGCACUUACGUUCAUUGUGUAAAUCCAUAAACUGUUGCAUAAAAACAUUGAGAGUUGGACACCAUAAAAUUCUGUGCAGCAGUGUAAUUGCAAGUAACUACCUACUCUGAAUUUUCAGAGUUCAUAAAGACUGUGAUAUCAUGUAAAUAUGACCACUGGCUUACAUGUGGUUUUUAUCCCUAUUAUUUUGUUUUCUUUGCCAGUUUGAAAUUUGCUAACAGUCUGAUGUAUGGCUAAUAAAUGCAUGUGGCAUAAUA